AUGGUUCAAGGCGCACUCAAAUCGACAAAGAGCGCAUUGGCGGGCGGGAAUCGAUCGAAUGGGGCGGGGAAAAAAGCGGCGUUGGGUCCGAAGAAGGGACAGAGAGUUAUCAAGGCGAAGAAGGACGGGUUGAGGAGGAGUGAGGUUUUGAGGAAGAAACAUUCAGCAGGUCUCACAGCCAUGACGGAAAAGACACUCGGUGCGAAAGCUGGUCAUCUGGAGUUGUUGGGAGUAGGAAAGAAGAGUAAAGGGAAGGAUGGGAAGAACGCUGGAGAGACCAAGGGGAAGGGAAAUGCGGGUGCAACGAUUCAUGGGGGAGAGAAGGGAGGAACCAGGAAAUUUGGUUAG